AUGCUCUCAAAAUACUAUAUAGCAUUUCUACUCUUCAGCAUCACUACCACUACACAUGCCACUCAACCCCCCCCCUCUCCACCCACCAGCGCAGUCCAGAAACCCCCCAGCAUCAUCACCACAGGCCCCUCAUCCCUCAACAUAACCCACCUGCUCGCCCAUAAAGACACCCACAAAGCUCAACCCGUCAACCACAACACCUACCACCGCGGCGACACAACCUUCCACAGCUUCGCCUUCUCCCUCCAGGAAGAAUGGCAGUUUGCUCUGCGCGGGCAUUACAAUCUCGCGCGGUUCGCCGCGGAUCUCAGCGACGCGGACUGCGACGUCUACCGCCCCCCAGGCCUGCUCUGGGUGCAGGGGGACCAGCUCUACGCUAAUCUUGUCACGGGGACGCCCUGUGAGCCCGAGAUAAGCACUUUCGGCCUGGGGACUGUGAAGGUGGGGAGAUGGUAUACGGUGUCUGUUCUGGUGAAGUGGGGGGUUGAUGGGACGGGGGAUCUCCGUUUGUGGGUUGAUGGGGAGAAGGUGCUGGAGGAGUGGGGGGUCGAUACGAUUAUGGAUGAUGGGAGGGUGUUUUGGUUCGAGAUGUGUGGGCUGGGUCGCUGUUUGGGGCAGUAG